UCCUAGUUUUUCAUUUAUCCCCGUUUCUAAGUUUGAAGACUGUGUUGUAAGUUUUGAUAAGAUUCUGUAGUGAAAUGUUCAAAAGCCGAGAAUUAGAUAUGCAAAAUUCGUAAUUUUUAGCAAGGAUUGAGCAACAAACUUAAUCUUUUGACAUGGUUGGCUGAUGACUGCCUUAGUGGGCCGACAUAUAACUGUUGUUUUAUGAAGAAAAAGAAAUCCUUUCUUGCUUCUCGAUGGCAUUUCUUAAUCGUCAGUAUUUUGUAAUUGGUCCUUUUCCAUAAGUUACAGAUACGCCUAGUGCAGUUUGCACAGAGAGAUCCCGUGUUAUAUUUCUAAUAAGUUUAAAGAAUCGUGUUUGUUGGUUAGAGAACUUCUGACAUCCUGAUAUGAAAUCUGAAGUUGGGUGCUUCUCUGGUAAAUGUUACAAGAUGUUAACAUGCUAAAAGGUUUUGCAGUUUUAUUCCUCCCACACUCGAGGAACAGGUGUAUUGAUGAUAUUAUUGGAUUACCUAGCGUACACAGUGAUAUCCAUUUCUAUAAACUGAAUACCUUGAAGUAAACGUAGGUUGACUUUUGACGAAAUAUCGUUGUUGUUUGUGAGUUGAACAGAAAUCAUGUGGUGUGUAGGAACGAUCAAGAAUCAAAGGGAUACCAAACUCAGCGGCGGUGUUUUUACUUGCCCAGAGGACGGUCUACCGUUGGACUACGCAAAGGUGUUUCCAGAUCCUGUUAUUGAGAGUACAGUGAUGGGUUCGGUGGUUUACUGCAUACACUGCAAGGAAGGAUGUAAAUGGACAGAUGAGUUGAGGAAGUUACAGGGUCAUUUGAACACGUGUAAAUACGACGCCAUUCCUUGCACUAACCAGUGUGCCGCCAUGAUUCCCAGGCUGCUCAUGAAAGACCACCUGUCCUACACCUGUCCGAAACGGAGAAUCAGCUGCGAGUUCUGCAACAGGGAGUUCACAGGAGAAACUUUGGAGGGCCACGUGGGCAGCUGUCAGUACGAGCCGGUGUACUGCGAAAACAAGUGUGGGUUGAAACUUCAACGUAGAUUUACCACCAACCACCGGCUGAAUGAAUGUAUGAAGAAACUCGCGGCCUGCCGAUAUUGUGAAAAGGAGUUCGUAUACGAUACGUUACAGAACCAUACAGCGAAAUGCCCUAGAUAUCCACUAUCUUGCCCCAAUCGCUGUGAACCAACCAAAGUUCCGAGAGAAGACAUGGAAGUCCAUUUGAAGGACCAUUGUCCAUCUGUAACGCUUCAUUGUGCCUUCAGAGAAAUGGGUUGUAUAUUUAAGGGUCCACGUUUCGCUCUCGAUGAACACUUGGAAGAAAGUACCAAGUUUCAUCUUAUCUUAAUGUGUAAUUUGGUUUCGAGGCAACAGCGUCAGAUUUCAACUCUUCAAAAUGCCCUUGAAAAUCUGACCCUCAACACUUCCGGAGUGUUGAUCUGGAAGAUAACAGAUUAUGGCCAGAAUAUGGCUGAAGCUAAGUCAAAAAAAGAUCACGAACUGUGCAGUGCUCCAUUUUACACCAGCCAACACGGCUAUAAACUGAUGGCAACUAUUUUCCUGAAUGGCAAUGGAGCUGGUGAAGAUAGCCACUUGUCUGUGUACAUCAGGAUUGUACCAGGAGAAUACGAUUCUCUUCUUUCCUGGCCUUUUUCUCACACCGUUUCCUUUACCCUCUUCGACCAGGCUUCGUCUUCAGAAAAUGCUUGCAAUAUUGUUGAAAGCUUUGUGCCAGAUCCAUCAUGGAAGAACUUCCAGCGGCCCAGCAAAGAACCAGACAGUUUAGGGUUUGGUUUCCCGAGAUUUGUGUCGCAUGAAAUUGUAAAGAAACACAAUUAUGUAAAAGAUGACACGAUCUUCAUCAAGGUGAAAGUUGACUCAAAUAAAACCAUAGCAGUUUGAAUGAAUUAAUUAAUUAAUUUGUGAUGCCAACGGCCAAUUCAAGUCGCCAUUUUGAAAGUGAAUAAAAAAAAACUCAAAUUAUCCAAAUAUCCAUUUAAAUAUGGUAUUGUUGUCCCGUUAAUGUGGUUUUAAAACUUUGUUGUAAACUACUUUACACGGUAUUUUGUAUUUAGCUAUUUUAUAAAAUUAAUUUCUUUCUGUGUUUAACGUAUUUCGUUGCACAGUUAUCAAUCGUCAGUUGAUCAAAGAAGUGAUAAAUACAGGUUGAUUCGAUAGUGAUGUAUUGUUGUGUGAGAAUCGUUACUCCUUUAUAUACGUUAUUGUUAAGUAUGCUUCUUUUUUUUCAGUCACGUGCAACGUCUACGUGUUACUGAAUUUUUGGAACACUCAAUUAAAACUUGGCAUAGAUAGAACCUGAUGAGUUUGUUAAUGCAUAUUUGAUUGUACUAGUCAGAAAAAUAUUUCGAAAUCGGUAAAAAAAAAAGUAAGUCAUUCCGGUUUUUCAUAACAAAGUUUUAUUUGAACAGUACCACGAAAGCGUAAUAAUUAUAUACGUAUCUAUUUUACUCUAUAGACAUAACGUAAGUGUAAUUAAUAGAAUAUAUGGACGAUUUAAGCUUUUGAUUGAGGUAUAGGAGGGAAAAAAACAAAAAACACUGCGUUCGCAAGUGUUACUUAUAGCGCCGC